CCUUGUUAUAAAUUAAAAAUAGUUGAAAAUGGAUGUAUUGACCAAGACUUGUUUCUUCUUGCUGUUUGUUGGACAUGUUCUGGCAUAUUCCCAAUUUGUCAACAAAAGAACAAUAGCAGUGGGUAGCUCAACAUACGAAAAAUACUUUGCAUUACAAGCUGUGGACGGUGAUUUUGAUCAGAGUGUGUCACGUUGCUUUCAUAGUGAUGUUAAGACAGAUAUUACAGAGGCAUGGCUACGUAUAGAUCUGGGAGGAGUUUACAGUGUCAAGUCUGUCAAGUUCUGGUAUAGGGAUGACAGAAAACCGACAAGACUCCAUGGACACUCUCUCCGUGUGUCCAAUGAUACCAAUGUACCACCUGUAGAGUCAUGUUACAUAGACCCAGGAAACAUCAUACUACCCACCAUUGUACAGGAGGACUGUGAGAGGACAGCUCGAUACAUCUGGAUUUAUCAGAACAACAACCCUGGUGGUGAUAUGAGCCCUAUUGUAGAAAUAUGUGAAGUCCAGGUUUUUGGUUGUGAAGUGGGAUAUUAUGGUAGAAAUUGCACAAACAAAUGUGACCACUGUAAAAAUAGUGUAACGUGUGGAGUACAGAAUGGGGAAUGUGAUGCUCUAGGCUGUAUAAACGAUGGAUACCAACCUCCAUUAUGUAAAGAGUGUAAACGCGGUAGGUUUGGACUUAAUUGUAUAAAACAGUGCAGUCAAUUUUGUAUCGACGAUGACUGCCAAAAAAUUGAAGGAACCUGCAUAAAGGGCUGUGAGGGAGGUUACAGAGGAAAUCUCUGUAAUGAAACAUGUCAGAAAGGAUCAUAUGGACUAAACUGUUCUGAAACGUGCGGAAACUGUUUAAACGCUAAGAGAUGCCAUCAUGUUACCGGGAAUUGUCUUGAAGGAUGUGCUGCGGGUUAUAAGACACAAACUUGUAAAACCCCUUGCAACGAUGGAAAAUACGGAAUGAAUUGUCGGUUCAACUGUAGCAGACACUGUUUAAAUGACAAGAUGUGCAACAAAAUAGACGGUAGUUGCCAGUACUGUGCAGAUGGAUAUAAAGGAAUAAAAUGCAACACAACAUGCGACACUGGAAAGUAUGGUGAAGGUUGUUCUCAGAACUGUGGAGCCUGUCUGAAAUCCGCUGCCUGUAAUCACAUAACUGGAGAUUGUGGACUGGGAUGUGAACCAGGAUGGCAAAAAACAGAUACAUGUACAACAGCUUGUUUGAAAGGCACAUUUGGACUAAACUGCCAAUUCAACUGUAGUGGAAAUUGUCAAGAUGGAGAACCUUGCAAUUCAACAGACGGAACAUGUACAUCCUGCUCCCCGGGAUGGGACACUGUGUGGUGUAACAAAACAUGCGAUGCCACUUGGUAUGGAGCUGGCUGUAAGUUUCAAUGCGGACACUGCUUCGGUGAGAAUAAUUGUCACCACGUCAACGGCAGCUGUCUCUUGGGCUGUCAAAAGGGGUUCACUGGAGACUUAUGUUUCAAUCGCACACUACGGAUAAACGUUACUCCCCCUGGUACACUGGAUUUAACAGUCGUUCUCCUGAUAGUGUGCCCUGUGGCCGGUCUUUUAUUCAUUGCACUGUGUGUCGUCACAAUGGUGUUCCUCUCACGUUUUUCUUAUCAUUUAUUAAUAAACAACAUUUCAUUUCAAGAAUUUCACAAGAUUGAAGAACAAGAUAAUGAAGAUGAAGAGUCUCCAGAAACUUUAGAUGACACCAUACUUUACACAACAGUACAAAUCCGUUCUAAAAGCAUAAAGACAACUGAUCUUCCCUCUGUCAUCAAGUCGAUGGGUGAUGAUACAGAUAAAGGCUUUACUGAAGAGUUUAAUUCCAUUCCCUACGGAGAACAGUCUGACAUACUUUGCACCGUUGGAAAACUGCCAGAAAAUAUUCCGAAAAACAGGUUCAAGACAACAUUUCCUUAUGACCACUCUAGAGUUGUAUUACAAUCCUCAAAGAAUGGAGAUUACAUAAAUGCAAAUUUUAUAAAGAAUACUGAUGGUGAUGCAGUGUACAUAGCAUCCCAAGGACCUAAACCAAAAACGGUUGGAGACUUUUGGCAAAUGAUAUGGCAGGAAUACGUAUUUGUUAUUGCCAUGGUAACUAACCUAAAAGAAGGAGACAAGAUCAAAUGCGAGAGAUACUGGCCAACGUCAGGGGACAGUAAAAUGGUGCUGGAAAUAUUUACCGUCCAACUGUUUUCAGAGAGAAUAUACGCCAAUUUCUCAACCCAUAACUUGAAGUUAUUUAACAGAGAGACCCAGGAAACCCGCCAAAUAACACAUCUACAGUACACAUCAUGGCCCGACCAUGGUACGCCUAACCCUCUGGAACUCCUCUCGUUUUACCACUAUGUAUCAAAGGCUAUGGAACAACAUCCCGAACAGAAACUCGUUGUUCACUGCAGCGCUGGUAUAGGACGUACCGGGACAUUUAUCGCCCUUGAUGCUCUACACAGACAAGGGGUCAAGAAAGGCAAAAUAAACAUUGUGGAGUAUGUGCAUACCAUGAGAGAAGACCGAAUGAACAUGAUUCAAAAUACGAAUCAAUACAAGUUCCUAUACCAUGCAUUGUAUGAGAGUUUCCGAACUGGAUGUCAUGUUCUAAAGAAGGAUGUCUUUGUGGAAGAAAUGGACGCACAGAUGCAAUCGGAUAAAGCUACAAAUCUGUCAAAUUUCCGGACUGAGUUCAAAGAGCUUGAUUCUAUGAGGAGAAUUUUUGAUGAAAAUGAGAAGCAGAUAGGACUUCAAAAUCUCAAAUUAAAUAUGACGGAAAACGUUUUACCUGCGGACAAAAUGAGGAUUAUUCUAUCAUCCCACGCACAAGAACGAGGAACCUAUUAUAACGCUGUCCCUAUUUCGACGUUUACAACAAAAGAUUGCAUCAUAGCCGGUCAGUACCCGGUCCAAGGGGCGGGGAUUGAUUUGAUCCGCCUCCUUGUUGACCAAGACUGCAGUUCUCUGGUCUUAACACACCCACUAUCUGAAAUACCACACAGCGGUGGGUGGUUUUCGGAUCCAUCGUUCAAUUAUCGUGUGGAAGUCGGUGCAGUGACCAAAAUGUCCGCAAAUGUCAACAAGUGUAAUGUUCGAAUAAAGCCACCAUCGAGUAAGGGGUGGCACAAAGUAUCUAUGUACGAGAUAAAAACUUGGAAUCCCACUGAAAACCUACCACAAGUAUUACUGGACGCUGUAAAACGUAUACAGUUAUGUGAACUAGUCGACCCUGAGCAUAAACUGGCCAUUUUAUCUAGGGAUGGUGCGUCCAGAUGUGGAGAGUUCUGUGCUGUGUAUAACGCCAUACAACAACUACAACAGGAUCAGGAGGUGGACAUGUUCACCAUUGUCAGACAGCUACAGAGUCGACGACCGGAAAUGAUCUCAGACUUGAACGAAUACCUGUUAUGCUGCCAAGCUGUUGCUGAGUUCAUCAAGUCUGACUCAGAUGACACGUACAUGAACUCUGCCAGUAAUACAGUUACUGUUGAGGAGAACAUGUAUGCUAAUACUUAAUGCAUCAAAAGAAGUCUGGAUGAUGAGAAAAAAAUGAACUAUGAGCUCAACUGAUAUUCAUUGAUAAUAUUUGCUUAACAAUUUUUGCCUUUGCCUUAUUUAUAUUUUCUCACGUUUUCUUGUUCUUGUUCUUGUUUUAUAUUGUUUAUUUAUUAUUAAAUAAUUCAUUGUUUUUUCUUUGCUUUGAUUUAUCAUUAGCAAUAUACAUUUUAAAUAAUAUUUUUUAGUAUACGGUAUUAUGUCAAUAUACUAAUUAGUUUCUGCAUCGAACAUUAUUAGUGGCAAUAUUAUUCCCUUAAUAAAACCAUGUUAGCAUAUUGUUUGAUUUUUGGUUAAUUAUAGCUGCUAUAUCAUUUUAUUGACUAUUUACGAUAUGUUAUUCUACAGCAAGCUGUAAUUGUUUAAAAGACGGAGGUUUCAAAUAUGAUUUAUGGAGUAUUGAUAUUUUCUCUUUAUCUAAAAGGUUUGUUAAGUUUCAAUGUGUCAAAAAUACAUUUCUUCAGACAUAAAAAUACAGUAUUUUAUCGAUAAUGCCUAAUUUAUAUUUCUUCCCACGUUUUUUGUUGUUCUUUGUUGUUUUAUUUUGUAAAUUAUUAUUCAAUCAAUCUAUAAUUUUUCUUUGUUUUUAUUAUUGAUUGCUAUUAUAUAUUUUGAAUAGUUCUUUUAGUGAAAAGGUAUUAUGCCAAUAAACUAAUUAGUUUCUACAUUAAGCAUUAUUAGUAACAAUAUUCUACCCUUGAUUAAACUAUGCUAGCAUGUUGUAUAAUAUUUUGUUUAUUAUGUUUGCUAUUUCAUUUUACUGAAUAAAUACGACAUUUUAUUAUAUAACAAAUUGUAAUUAUUUAAGAGACUUUAAAAAAAAAUAAAAGUUAAAAAAAAACAUGAGAAGAAAAGGUCAUUUACUGUUGUAGAAGAUUUAUGGGGAAGCGUAUUUAUAUUUUCUCUGAAAUGAAAACGUUUGAUUUCUACAGACAUAAAAUCUUAUCUAUAAUGUUAUCUACCAUGAAACCAUAAUAUGCAAUGUUGGAAUAUGUUAUAUGUUAUCAUAAUAUGUUAAACAACACAUAACACAAAAAGUUCGCAUAACUUUGAUAUUUUCGUGAACAACAUGGUUAAUUUCCAAUUUUAAAGUGAUAAGCGCAAGGAACGAAGUAUUUGCUCUCAAAGUUGCAACCAAUGCUAUUUCAUACA